UCCCCCGUGUAAGAGUGAGGUGGAGGAGGACAUUCCAGUCCAUGUGACCACAGAAAAUCCCUGUGAGAAGCCUAUCAUGUUAUCUCUAGAUUAUAAAGAAGAUGAAGAUACCAGGCAGCGCUCUUCAGGAGAAAACUUAAUUACCUGUAAUGUACAUCCAGGACUUCACAGUGCAGAGCCAGCAAAUAAUUCCCCCAAGAAUGAGGAACUUUCUAAUGACCAAUCACAGAUUAACCCAAGUCCAAAUCUAUCAUAUAAUCAUCCUAAACAUGAGGAAUCUUCUCCUGACCGAUCACAGAUUAUUACUCCAAAUAUAAGGCAGAAACGGGGUAAAAGGUUUAAUUGUGAGGAUCGUGGAAAACAGUUCAGAUAUAAGUCAGAGCUUUCUAUACACAGAAGUCACACAGAAGAGAAGCCAUAUUCAUGUUCAGAAUGUGGGAAAUGUUUUCCAUAUAAAUCAUUGCUUUUAAGACAUGAGAAAAUUCACACAGGAGAGAAGCCGUAUUCAUGUUCAGAAUGUGGGAAAUGUUUUAACAGGAAGUCAGGUCUUGAUCAACACAAAAGAAUUCACACAGGAGAGAAGCCAUAUUCUUGUUCAGAGUGUAGGAAAUGUUUUACCAAGAAAUCAUAUCUUGAUAAUCAUAAAAGAAUUCACACUGGAGAGAAGCCAUAUUCAUGUUCAGAAUGUGGGAAAUAUUUUAACAAUAAGUCACGUUUUGAUCAACACAAAAAACUUCACACAGGAGAGAAGCCAUAUUCUUGUUCAGAAUGUGAGAAAUGCUUUAACCAGAAAUCAAGCCUUGAUCAACAUAAGAGAAUCCACACAGGAGAGAAGCCAUUUUCAUGUUCAGAAUGUGGGAAAUGUUUCGCAAAAAAAAAAAGUCUUACUAUACAUCAACGAAUUCAUACAGGAGAGAAACCAUUUUCAUGUUCAGAAUGUGGUAAAUGCUUUAUUAGGAAAACAAAUCUUAAUAAACAUAAGAUAAUUCAUACAAGAGAGAAGCUAUAUUCAUGUUCAGAGUGUGGUAAAUGUUUUACAGAUAAUUCAUAUCUGGUUGCACAUCAGAGAAUUCACACAGGGGAAAAGCCAUAUUUAUGUUCAGAAUGUGGGAAAUGUUUUAACCACAAAUCAAGUCUUAAUCAACACAAAAGAAUUCACACAGGAGAAAAGCCUUAUUCAUGUUCAGAAUGUGGAAAAUGUUUCACAGAAAAAAAAAGUCUUACUAGACAUCAUCGAAAUCACACAGGAGAAAAACCAUUUUCAUGUUCAGAAUGUGGGAAAUGUUUUACAGAAAAAGGAAGUCUUACUAUACAUCAACGAAUUCACACAGGAGAAAAAACAUUUUUAUGUUCAGAAUGUGGGAAAUGCUUUAAUCAGAAAUCAGCCCUUGAUCAACAUAAAAGAAUUCACACAGGAGAGAAACCGUAUUCAUGUUCAGAAUGUGGGAAAUGUUUUGGCCAUAAAUCAGACAUUUUAAAACAUGAGAGAAUUCACACAGGAGUGAAGCCGUAUUCAUGUUUGGAGUGUAGGAAAUGUUUUAUUAAGAAAUCACAUCUUGAUCACCAUAAAAGAAUUCACACAGGAGAGAAUCCAUAUUCAUGUUCAGAAUGUGGGAAAUGCUUUAACAACAAAUCAAGCCUUGAUCUACAUAAAAGAAUUCACACAGGAGAGAAGCCAUAUUCAUGUUCAGAAUGUGGGAAAUGCUUUAACCACAAAUCAAGCCUUGAUCUACAUAAAAGAAUUCACACAGGAGAGAAGCCAUAUUCGUGUUCCGAAUGUGGGAAAUGUUUCAUAGAAAAAAGAUGUCUUACUACACAUCUGAGAAUUCACACAGGAGAGAGACCAUUUUUAUGUUCAGAAUGUGGGAAAUGCUUUGUUAGGAAAUCAAAUCUUCAUCAGCAUAAGAAAAUUCACACAGGAGUGAAGCCAUAUUCAUGUUCAGAGUGUGGUAAAUGUUUUACAGAUAAAUCAUGUCUGGUUGCACAUCAGAGAAUUCACACAGGAGAGAAGCCAUAUUCAUGUUCAGAAUGUGGGAGAUGCUUUAAUCAGAAAUCAAGCCUUGUUCAACAUAAAAGAAUCCACACAGGAGAGAAGCCAUAUUCAUGUUCAGAAUGUGGUAAAAGUUUCACAGAAAAAAGAAGUCUUACUACACAUCAGAGAAGUCACACAGGAGAGAAACCAUUUUCAUGUUCAGAAUGUGGGAACUGCUUUACCAAGAAAUUAAGUCUUGAUCUACAUAAGAGAAUCCACACAGGGGAGAAGACAUGAUGUUUUGUGUAAGAAUAAUGUUUUACAAAAAA